UUGUAUCAUACUCUCUAGUGUCUACACGUUCAAAACGGCAAUCGCAAACGAAGAGGGAAGAAGAGAAUCAACAGAAACCCUAGAUUACUUCUCCUACUGAUCCAACUACUUCUACUACUACUCUCAAAAUGGAAGCAGACGCUAUUAUCGGGGACGAAGAGAUCUACGCCAAUGGCCGGGACGAAACCGAUUCGCAGCGCCACCGCCCCAUCAUCAGCGGCGAGCAGCUCGACAUCGAGGCCUACGCCGCACUCUACACUGGUCGCACGAGGACUACGCGCCUCCUUUUCAUCGCCGAUAAAUGCGGCGCCCCUUCCAUGGAGCUGGAGGCUCUGCGGAUGGCGUACGACGAGAUCAAGAAGGGCGAGAACACGCAGCUCUUCAGAGAGGUUGUCGGGAAGAUCAAUGGCCGAUUGGGCCCCAAUUACGACCUGGAUAAUGCCUGGGCCGAUGCUGUGGAUCGACGGGCCGAGUUGAGAAAGGAGAAGCUUGAAAAUGAACUCAAUGCUUACAGGACAAAUUUGAUCAAAGAGAGCAUUCGGAUGGGGUACAAUGAUUUUGGGGAUUUCUACUAUGCACAUGGUCAGCUUGGUGAAGCAUUUAAAAAUUAUGUCCGCACACGUGACUACUGCACAACCUCGAAGCAUAUAAUUCAUAUGUGUCUAAAUGCAAUUCUUCUUAGCAUUGAGAUGGGUCAAUUUACUCAUGUUACAAGUUACGUUGGCAAGGCUGAGCAAACUGCAGACGGCUUGGAACCUGUUACAAUUGCAAAACUGCGUUGUGCUGCUGGAUUGUCUCACCUUGAAGGGAAAAAAUAUAAGCUUGCUGCUCGAAAGUUCCUGGAAGUUGGCCCAGAACUUGGGAACAACUACACUGAAGUAAUUUCACCCCAAGAUGUUGCAACAUAUGGCAGUCUCUGUGCACUCGCAAGCUUUGACCGUUCAGAACUGAAGAGCAAAGUCAUCGAUAACACUAAUUUCCGAAACUUCUUAGAAUUGGUACCUGAGAUAAGGGAACUCAUUAAUGAUUUCCAUACCAGCCAUUAUGCUUCUUGCCUGGAAUAUCUAGGAAAUCUCAAGACAAACUUGUUGCUUGAUAUCCAUUUACAUGAUCAUGUGGAAACUCUAUACGAGCAAAUACGCAGCAAGGCUCUGAUCCAGUACACACUUCCGUUCGUAUCUGUAGACCUUAAUAUGAUGGCAAAUGCUUUUAAUACAAGUGUUACAGGCCUGGAGAAAGAACUUGAAGCCCUGAUCACUAAUGACCAAAUACAGGCUCGAAUUGACUCCCAUAACAAGAUUCUUUAUGCCCGGCAUGCUGAUCAGAGGAAUGGGACGUUCCAGCGCGUCUUGCAGACUGGCAAUGAAUUUGAUCGUGAACUCAGAGGAAUGCUUUUGAGAGCAAAUCUCAUCAAACAUGAUUACAACCUUAAGGCAGCACGGAAACAUUAAGUGGGGGGUUGGUGUGUAUGAAAAAUAUUGCUACUUUGGUGGAAUGAAAAUUCAAAGUCUGGAAGAUUAACAGGCUAUGGAAGAGGAGUGUUGACAGCGUUGAAUCUUCUGUAGCUGGUUAUUGCUUCAAUCAAGUUAAGCUUUUGGAUAAGGGGAAUGAAAAGGCCAUGGGAGCUUGUCAGCAAAAAAUGCAAAUCAAAAUGAUUCUUGAAGAUUUUCAACUUCAAGUUCAGAGCCUUUGAUUUGUAAUCCCUGUAGAUUCUUGUUCAUAGUCUGAAAUGUUGCUUUGUCCUUUUCUUCCAGGCUACUUGGUGCAAAAAUAUUUAAAUCAUGGUUAGGUGGUACUACUAUAUAAACAAUAAUCUGAAAUUUCCAUUCAAAAAAGUAGUCUUCGUUUUUA